GUUUAAUUAUCUUAAGUACAGGUUGUUUGUCUCACCUGAACAGUGACACAGUGAACGUAAGUGCGCGAGAGCAACUCCGCAAACAGAAUGUCUUCGAGGCCAAACGGGAGUCCUCCGCCCUAUGAUUAUCAUACAGAGGAUGGAUAUAAUGUUGCUCCACAGCCUGCGUAUUCAUACUAUCCUGACGAUGAGUUCCAGCAUUUCUACCGCUGGACGUCUCCUCCGGGCAUCAUAAAGAUCAUGUGCGUCAUGUCGGUCAUCUUCUGCGUGGGCAUCUUCGUGUGCGUGGCCUCGACUCUGGCCUGGGAUACGGAUGCAGGAGCGGCUGGAUUCGGUGGUUAUGGAGGUUCUGGAGGUUCUUAUGGAGGUUCCUAUGGAGGUUCUUAUGGUGGUUCUUAUGGAAGCUCAUUUGGUGGCUACGGGGGAAUGGGUGGAUACGGUUACGGGAUCCUCGGCUCUCAGAACGACCCCAGGCAGGGCAAGGGUUUCAUGAUCGCCAUGGCCAUCAUCACCUUCAUCGUUCUGCUCGUCAUCUUCAUCAUGAUCAUCUCACACCAGAAAGUGGCUCAGGGAAGGAAGUUCUACCUGGCCGUCAUCAUCGUCAGCGCCAUCAUGGCAUUCCUCAUGUUCGUUGCCACCAUAGUCUAUCUGGUGACAGUUUACCCAAUGGCCCAGACGUCCGGAUCGGUUCAGUUCAAUCAAGUUUAUGCCAUGUGCGCCGCUUACCAGCAGCCUCAGAUGUCGGGAGCGUUCGUGAACCAGUAUCUGUAUCACUACUGCGUGGUGGAUCCUCAGGAGGCAAUCGCUCUUGUUUUGGGCUUCAUUGUCACUGCGGCCCUCAUCAUCAUCAUGGUUUUUGCCAUUAAAACCCGUCAAAGGAUCAAUAAUCACGGGAAGGACAACAUCCUGUGGCGCCACGUGAAAGAAAUUCAAGAUCAAAACUCACCACAGGAUGUAGAGGAUUGGGUGAAUGAUGUGAAUGGAGUGCCCGAGCCGCUGCUGACUGACUAUCCCAUGAAGUUUGGAGGGUCUAGAAAUGAUCUAGAUGACAACAGCACAAACUAUGACAAACCUCCCCACAGUGAGAGUCCUGUGGAGAUGGCGCACGAGGUGCCCGUCCGUAGUUCAGUCCCACUGAGCAGCGGAUCGGAGAUGAACAGCUCUGCAGGACGGCCCAAGAAACGGCGCGCUAGACGCCCGCGAACCGCUGACGGACGGGAUCACGACACAGACUACGCCUCCUCUGGAGAUGAGCUGGACGACGAUGACUUCUCCAGCGAAUUCCCUCCCAUUAUUAAUAAUGAAGAGAGAGACGAUUACAAACACCUGUUUGACAAAGACCAUCAGGAGUACAAGGAGCUCCAGGCAGAAAUGGACCAGAUCAACAAGCGUCUGGCUGAAGUGGACCAGGAGCUCGAUGAUCUUCAGGACGGCAGUCCUCAGUUCCUGGACGCCAUGGACGAAUACAACGCGCUGAAAGACAAAAAGAGGAGCGGCGAAUACCAGGUGAAGAAGAAGCGCUGCAGGCACCUGAAGGUCAAACUGAACCACAUCAAAAGAAUGGUCAGCGAUUACGACCGGAGAUCCUGAAGAUCCUUUCCAUCACAUUAGAGAAGAGCGAGCUACUGGACAGUAUUGAGGAGAGCACAGAUGUGUUGGCGUCUGUCCAGAUGUGUGGGUCAUUGCCAUUCGUGAGCUGGGCUGUGUUGCUUUCAGGACAUUUGAUUGAUAAUGCGUGUAAAUAUUCAAGGCAUUCUGAUUUGUAUUGCUCAGUGCAAUAUUUUCCCAGAAUCCUGAACCAGUUUUAAAAUCAGGUUUAGCUAAUGGCAAAAUCCUCAUCAGUUCUGUAGUUUUUUUUUUGGCGCAAAUCUCCACUUAACUGUUACAGAUUUAACAUGAACUUGUUGGUGUUUCAUUACAACGUGUUUGUUUUAUAAAGUUUUUUUUUAAAUAUAGUUAUUCUGAGAUUUCUUAAUGGGUAAAAUACUGUGCCAAAUAAUUUUUCCAGGUGGGUGGUUUAAACUCUUGAUAACCAGUUAUGUCUGUAUAAAUCAAGCUGUGAUCAGUUACAGGUUACAGAUAGCCUUUAAUAGUUAAGUCUUUUAAGCUGUAUUUAUGCCAUUUCAAAAACUUUUUACUUGCUGGUAUGUAAAUAUGUAAUUUAAAUGUUUGAUUUAUUUUCAUUGUUUUUGACAACUAUUAAUAAAAUCAUUUUUAAUGGCAUAAUAAAUGUGACCAUACAUUUA